GAGUCAGUACUUCUGUUCAUUUAUAGAUUUUCUAAAUAAUCGCUCUGAUAGAAUAACAGCAACAGCAUCGGUUGUAUUUGUAUGACUAAACAUAAGGAAAGUCGUCAAAGUACUUCGUUGUUUCGUCUUCUGAACUUUGAACUUUUCGUCAAACCAGUAAUAUAUAUUCAUAUGAAUCUUAACGUUAACUUGUUUAGAAUAAGGUCGUAAUAUCUUUUGGACUAUCUGCAAUAACUGGGUGUGUUGCAUACCUGGCCUACCUAAAUUUGACUCAUCAGCAUUCUCAGGAUCUUGCAGCAAGUAGCAACAUCAGUAAUAACCAUAAGUCUAACUGGGACUGAUCUCAGAGAUGCCACUCUACAACACAGUCUUGUAUAUUCCUCCCAUUGAACCUCCGAGAAUCACUGAUUUUGACUCCAGCGCUUCUCACAUUAACGACGACCGAAUGAAAAUUGCUGAGGUAGAAGCUUGUUUUGGAGAAUUUGAGGCGCAACUUUCCAAGUUUUGCCAUUGUAGUCAAUCGAAUGAUGUUCAUAGUCAAUGUUGUGUUCCUGGAGCUGGAAAUUUAACACAUCCAGUGAAUGAAAGAUACCUACGUCGUACUGUAGAUGAACAAUUAAGAGAUCUUACACUGGAAGGUGAACGUAAUCGAACACGUGUCGAUCGAGAUCCUCAGAAUAGUAAUUUUGAUCGAAACUCAAUUUCCAUCUUACAUCGACGUGGAAGAUUUGACUCACACAGAGCUCAGGAUUCUGUCACACAAUCCUCAAGUGGAAUAGCUGAGGCAGAAAGCAGUGAUAAUUUUCUUGUGGAUGAAGAAGAAGCCGAGGCUACUGUUGCAACAGAAGAAGAACUUGAUGCCACAGAAUAAACCUUCUCGAUCUUUGUUAUUUAGAGUUAUUAGGUGUUAUUAUAUCCGUUUUGGGAAAGCCACUAACUGAUGCUCAUGUCAGAGAUGUAAAUACAUAUGUAGUAACUUGUUAUUAUGUUAUUUCUUCCUCUUUCAAUCCGUAGGUCUUCAGACUAACUGGACCUCAUAAUUUGGACUUUUUUCGAUUUGUCUCAUGAACAAAUUAUCAAUUGGGUCAGUCAUCCUAGUAUUUUAUCAAGUCAAUUUUUUCUCACUAUCAAGACAAUAUUGUAGUGUUAUGUACAUCGUGUUUUUGUAAAUAUUCUAAUUAUGUAUGUUAAUAUAGAAAUUCGAUUGUUCAGAAA